AUGGCGCAGCCAGGCUCGUCCUCGACCUGGCAAGCGCCCCAGCCUACAUUUUGGGAGAAGACGAAAGGAUAUGGCAACACUGCCUACAACAAAGCUUUACUUCCAGGGUUCAAUAAAGCUUACGCAGUCGUGGACAAGUUAGGUGCUCCCGUUAAUCGACUGUCAAACAAGGUAGGCAGCGAAGCAUUUUGGCCAACGACUCUCGACAAAGAAUGUGAGAAGUGCGCACGAAUCCUACGGACGUUCUGCAGGGACGGAUUCUACGAUCAGAUCGAGGAGGAUGCUGCACAGAAAGCGUCGGAAGACCGUCAGGAGCGCUUCACGCCGAAAGGAAGGCAAAGGAACCUGGUUAAGAUACCCGCAAAAGUUAUACAAAAUGCCGUUGGACUUGCUAUAUUCACAACAAUGCGCACAGGAUGGGUGCUCGGUGGAAGUGGUGGAGCGGGUGUUGUGGUUGCAAGACACCCAGAGACCAGAGAAUGGAGCCCGCCGAGUGGUAUACACAUACAAAAUAUGAGUAUUGGCUUCUUGAUAGGAGUGGAUAUAUUCGAUAGUGUCCUUGUCAUCAACAGCUACAAAGCGUUGGAUGCUUUCUCCAGAAAUGCUAGAGUUACACUGGGCGCAGAACUAGGAGUUGUGGCUGGUCCAGUUGGCGCAGGCGGAGAAUUGGAUAUGGAGAUACACAAAAAGCCUGCACCAGUAUGGUCAUAUGUGAAGAGCAGAGGACUGUAUGCAGGUAUUGCUUUGGCGGGAAAUGCCAUUAUUGAGAGAACCGACGAAAAUGCGGUGUUCUACGGCUACCAGGUCAGUGGCGCAGACAUAUUGUCGGGAAAAGUUCGUCAUCCACCUGUACGAGACUUCAAGAUUCUAUGGGACACUCUGGCAGCGGCUCAAGGCGACAACGUCGACGAAAGCUUAUUACCCUCUGGAGAAUCUCCUGCCGACCUCGACGUUGACUUUACUGGAUCCACCUUUGGCAUUCCAGCACCCGACGACGAUGACCCUUAUGGUGUGAAAGCCCUCGAGGCCGAAGGUCUACCCAUUCGUGAAGCAGGUACGCAUCUACGACCAAGUGCCGAACUCUUUGAGUUCAAUCCUGCUCCUACCAGUCCAAUCUACAAGAAUUACAGACAGAGUUUGGAUGGUUCCAGCAUCAGACGAAAGACCGACAGUUGGAGGAACAGCACAACAAGUGUGAACAGUGUGACCCGAGCUACUCAAACCGCUAGCGACGAAGAUAUUAAGACCGAUAGCAAAUUCGAUUCGAGAUCUGACUCGAUGGGAAAGGACAGCCCACAGCUUCCUCCUCGACCUAGAACAGAGCCCCCAUUGAAAGAAGCAUUACACGAAGAUGAUCCUAUCCACCAGGCUGCAAUAUCAGAAGAUUUGAAAGAGCAAGAAGAAAAGCACGAGAGCGAUAAAGAAGACUUCUCAGACAUAGACUCCGAUGCAGAAAUUGCUACAGCUGUUUCAACGAUCGCUCGACCUCGGGUAGUACAGGUUGCGAAACCCUUACCACCAGCUUUGCCACCGCGAAAUCCUGGCAGGUCAGCACCACAACCCUCCUUUUUCACUGUGAAGUUCAGGACAGCUCAGAAUCUGCCGGAAGGUAAGCUCGUACUCCGAACGUCUAUGGACAACUGGGAAGUUGAUAGGAGGGGUGAAAUGAAGGAUGGAACUUUCUUUUUCAAGCUCGAUAGCAAAGAGUUCACAGACACCUUUGAAUGCAAGUUUGUGCUUCUGCCAAAUCGUUGGAUGCAUGAUCCAAAUCUGGUAGUCACUAGUCCGGCGCCCAACGAAGAUAUUACUUUCACUGACAGCAGAGUCGUUUUCGACCCACCCACUGAGGAGGACAAUAUUCCUUUGGAGGCUAUGCAGACAAUCUCGCUGAAUGAGCAAAAGCCCACGGGCAGUGUUCGAUCGGACGCCGACGAGGAUGCUUUUGUCUCUGUGCCACCAACCCCAACGGAACAUGAAAAGUCUUUCGAGAAAUUGAACGGGGCAUAG